AUGGAAGGAAGAAACCAAACGCCCAUCGUGGAACUGAUCCUUGUCGGGUUUGAGAACGACCCUGAACUGCAGCCCCUCCUCUUCCUGCUGUUUCUGGUGAUCUACAUUGUGGCUGUGGCUGGGAACCUCCUCAUCAUUGUGCUGGUGGUGCCUGAUCGGCACCUUCAUACCCCCAUGUAUUACCUCAUGGCCAACUUGUCCGCUGUGGAGAUCUGCUACGUCUCCACCACCCUGCCCAGGCUGAUUGGCAGCCUCGCGACUGGAGACAGGACCAUUUCUCUACAGAACUGCUUUGUGCAAUUCUAUUUCUAUGGAAUCCUUUGUUCUGCAGAAUUUAUGCUGCUCACGGCCAUGUGUUACGAUCGGUACCUAGCAAUCUGCCACCCCCUCCGUUACCCUGCUCUGAUGAACAGCAGGGUGUGUGCCCCCAUAGUGGCAGGGUGCUGGGUAUUCAGCAUUUCCUACACCUUCAUGUUACAAAUAAUUAUUCUGCAGUCAACAUACUGUGGCCCCAAAGAAUUUAACAAUUUCUUUUGUGACUUUUCGUCCAAUGGUCUGUUGUGUAGCAAAAGAAAAUUUCCGAUAGUGCUUCAAUGGCUGACAUAUAUUCUGGCUAUCAUAAUAACCGUUGGCAUCUUUCUGUUUACUCUGGCAACCUACAUUUGUAUCAUCGCCAGCAUACUAAGAAUCCCUUCCACCAUCGGGAAGCAAAAGGCCUUUUCCACCUGCUCCUCCCACCUCAUUGUGGUUGCAGUUUACUACGUGAGCGUAUUUACAAUCUAUGUGCUCUCACAGUUCCGGCCCCCUGCGAUCCUGAACAAAAUAUUUUCUUUCUUGAGCACAGUCCUGAUACCUUUGCUCAACCCUUUUAUCUACUGCCUGAGGAACAAGGAGGUCCAUCAGUCCCUGAGAAAAUCUCUUCUGACACUGGUUGAUUUCAGACUCAGGCAUGUGAACAGUAAAAUAAAGAAUUGA